UCAAUUUAUAUCAAUAUCAAAAGCUCAUAUUAUCAGACAUGUCGCAUACUCAAUCAAGUUAGUUUCUUAGGCCGAAUCACUUUUUACAACUCUACAGCCUAAAAAAAAGCCACAAUAGCUAAUCAAUAACCAAGGCGUGAUGGCCCGUUACCCGAUAUGGACAUGUGUGUCCAAUACCAGGGGAAAAACAGUAAUUUGCUGCGUAAAAGCUUCACAGUAACUGGGCACUUGUUACUGCUGUAAAAACAAAUUUAUUUUCUCUCUCUACAUUUUAUUGCUGUAAAAAAAAUUCUUCUUUUUCUCUCUAUAAAAAAGAAGUCACCGGAAAACUUAGCAAAAGCCUAGCAUAAACUCAGCGAAAAUAGGUCGCGAAAACCUAGCGGCGAAGACAGUGUGCUCUGGAGAAGGAUUCUCGGUAGUUUGGUAGUCUUUUCAGUAGAAUUUUACUCGGUUCAAUAGUUGUGCGCCGCAAGGAAGCAAUUGUAAGGUGUGUGUGUUGAAGGUGUUCAAGGAAGCAAUUGUAGGCUGAUGUCAGGUGGUAGAAGGGGUCGUGGAAGGGGUGGAAGUCGAAGGGAUGGAAGAAGAGGUGGUCGAUGUGCGGCGAAGGAUGAUCAACAAAUACAUGAUGAAGCUGUUGAGUCUGAUGUUGAUGAUGAUUCUGGUGGUAGGAUUUUGCUGAAGGUAUGUAAGAAACUUGAUGAUGCUCUGUAUAGGAUAUUGUACCUUGAUUGGUUGCGAAGGCCCCCUGUGAAGUGGGGAGUCCUUCCUAGGAUGAAAGUUUGGACAGAAGUAAAGAUCAACAAGGCUAAGAAGGCUGAUCGCCAUAGGGAAGGUGAUUUUAGAAAGUUGGGGACUAUCAAUGUUUCAUAUGGUCGGCCACACGAACGAAGUGCCUUGGACGUUAUACCGGGGAAGAGACGGGCUGUGGCUGCUGAGGUUGUAGAAGCUUUAUUGCAAUCUGUGGAUCUACAAGAGGAGGAUGGUGAAGAGAACUUAUCUGCACACAGGAUGCAAAAAAGCGUCCAAAGAAUGGGGAUGGCUACUUUGGAUGGAAUAAGGCAUCGGGGGCUUGUUCCUCUGACCUCUCUGUCAAUGAUUACAUUUCAAGUGGUUUAAUGUGUGGCAGCCCUUUUGUGAGUAAUCAGUGGGAGAGAGAAGAGAGGCAUAGGUAGGAUAUUUCGGAGAGGGAAGCAAAAGAGAGGUAGGAGAGGGAAGCAAAAGAGAAGCAAGAAAGAGAGGUAAAAGAACGGAAGGAGAGGGAGGUAAAAGAAAAAUAGGAUAGGGAGGCAAAAGAAAGCCAGGUGAGGCGGGAGAGGGAGGACAAAGAGAGGCAGGAGAGGGAGGAAAAGGAUAGGCUGGAGAGACAAUAAAAGGAAAGGAAAAAAAGGGAGGAAAAGGAUAGGCUGGAGAGGGAGGACAAAGAGAGGCAGGAGAGAGAGGAAAAGCAGAGGCAAGAGAGAGAAAUCCAGGAGAAGGAGUUAGAGAGGUUGGAAAAAGAGAGAGAGGAAAAGGAGAGG